AUGCGAUACGAUCGUCCCACUCGCCAAAAAGAUGCCAUCCGGCACUAUAGCCGUCAACAGAUGAGGAGAAUCAUUGGAACUGACUGUCUCUAUUUUCAGCAUUUGAGGGAGAUAAGCGAUCCUCGGCUGAGCAUUGUGAAACUGAACGUCACCUGUGAUGAGUCUAUUAGGCACGCUUACACAGAGGUGGAGAAGAUCGUUGGUGAUAAGGGUCCUAUACUGUUGAACAUGCAGGCGUCUUUUGCGUAUUUUACGAAUAGAGACCGAAUCGGGCAUGAUCUCAAUAAAAUUUUGAUCUCAGGUGGAACAUCGGUCUUCAUAUUGCAGAUCUUCCUACCGCUCCUGCGUAAAGCUGCGCUUCAAGUGUCAUCAGAAGAGUUCUCUCCGGACCGUGCAGCAAUUCUGAACAUUUCAUCUGGUGUGGGAUCAGUAAGCACGAAUACGUCGGGGUCAGGGAAAUUUGGAUCGCUGGCCUACAGAAUGAGCAAGUCUGCGUUGAAUGCGCUUAUGAAGACGAUGUCUAUAGAUCUCGAGUCAGAACACAUUCUCAUUGUCAGUUUCUGCCCCGGAUGGGUUAAGACGGACAUGGGAGGACCAAACGCAACUAUCACGGCGACGAAUCAGCCGGAGAAAAAGCACUGUUUCUUCAUUUGCUAA